UUUCCCUCCUUCAGUAGUGACACAGCUUGUGAUCAUUUGUUUUGUGCGAUCAAGUCGUUGGUGAUCUCUAUAUACCUCGUAGAGACACAGAUGAUCCAAAAACUAUACAUGCGUAUGUAAUUCCCUUAGAGUCGUCUUAAUGGGAUCGAAAAAAGGAAAGAGAAGUGUCAAAGAGUUUAUUGCUCGGCGAAGAUAUUUCCAAAAUAGACAUUUUUGAAUAAGUCAAAACGGUUGCUGUGUCGAGGGCUCAAUCGAUCUUGAAGGUUGUGCCUUUCGAAGGUCGCUUCGAUACUCCCACGGAAUUUCCGCAUCGCGCUUUGGAUCGAACUCCGUUCGCGUCGUGCGUGACACUUUGCUUCGACGAGAGCCCAGCACUGCUCUCUGUGUGUAAACUUUUUCUCUAUUUUCUCGACGAGCAUGCCAACGUCGUGACUAGCUGAUGGAAGAUGUCGCGUAGCAGUGAGUCGUUUGAUUGAACAGACUAAUCGUCGGGGUGUUUAUCAAAGGAUACUCCAGGACAUUUGCGGAUCUGAAGAAGUUGAAGUGACAUCGGUGAAGAUAGGCGAGGGUGGCCAUCGCGGUUGGACCGAGCUGACACCGGCCAAGUCUCUUCAAAACGGAUCAGCAGGAGUAACAAUGUCCUAGCGAAGGCAGGACCUCGUCUAGACCGCUCCCCCUCGUCCUGAUCCAUUUCUUCCGAAACCUAAAUCCUUGCUAAUGUUGCUAUCCUAAGCCAACGUAUACCAAAGCAAACUUUAUCCGUGCUGACGCAUUAUACGUAUAUGCACACAUACUCGAAUACACGCGUAUACCUACAGACACAUAUACCGAGUUCGCUUUCGUCCUCUCUCUCUCUCUCUCUCUCUCUCUCUCUCUUUCUCUCUCUCUCUCUCUCUUUACCAUCUCUUUUUUACUUAUCAUUUUUUUUUUAUCAGCUUUACUUUUUUAUUCUGCGAUACACUUUGCUGCUUGUUACGAAGAAGGGGAAAUAGAGAGAAAGAAUGGAAGAUAGACGGACAUAACUAAACACGCAUAGGUAUACGUACGUAUUCAAAGACUUACACGCAUAUAGACGAAAGCGAGCUUCCCGAAUCCGGCCAAGUCCAAAGUCCUUAAUCCCGUGGGGCUCCGCCCGCACGCGAAGGAACCACACCCCGAAUAGAGAAAGAGAGAGAGAGAGAGAGAGAGAGAGAGAGAGAGAGAGAGAGAAAGAGAGAGAAAGAAAGAAAGAAAGAAAGAAAGAGAAGAACGAGAAGAAAACUCAAGAUCCGGAUUUAACGUGCUCCUUGGUGAUGAUAGCAACACGCUACAGUGGUUAAGGUGGCUCUCGAGGAGAAGCUGGAAGUGGCGAGGAGGAUCGUGAAAAUCGGCAAACGAGGCGGGCGAUCCGGAGAGCGGUAGUGGCGGCGGAGCGGCAGGGAUACUAUGGGAGCGGGGGUAUGGGGGGCGGAGGAGGGCUACAAGCCACGGACCUCCGGCGAAGGCUCGAGUCCCAGUCUUGCGAACGAAAUUCUUCUGAGAAUCCUCUUACCCUAAGGCAAGAUGGUUUUUACGUACCUGCGGAGAAUGGCACUUGCGAGGAUGAGGACAAGGCUGAGUUCGGAGCGAUUCUCGUUUCCGGCCAGCCAACGUGUACAGGUUCCCGGACGUAUAAACGUCGAGAGAAAGAGGAGGAUACGGAAGAGAGAAGAAUUUUGAGGCGUGUAAUAAGAUCCGAUGGCUCCUUCCACGGGAAGCUGAGGUUUUCCACGAAAAGUUUUGACCGCAUCGAGAAUGAGGCGGAAGCGACGACGGAAGGGGAAGGUGAGAGGAAACAACGACUGCGAUGGUGUCGCAGGGACUUCCGGCGGAUUGCGGAAGUGGCAACAAGGACUUUACUAUUGGGGAUCGUGCUCCUCGUCACACCAGGAUUUUGUCAUCAGGACGCGGUGCACAUAACGGCUAUAUUGGGAGAGAGCGUUGUCUUCAACUGUCAUGUAGAGUUCCCUGGUGAGCACCCAGUGCCCUACGUUCUCCAAUGGGAGAAGAAGGUAGGCGACAAGGGGCAGGAGAUACCGAUAUACAUAUGGUACGAGUCGUAUCCGACCCACAGUGGCGAAGGAUACGAAGGUCGCGUCUCGAGAGUGAGCCCAAAUUCGAAUUACGGAGUGGCCAGCCUAAACCUUACAAACAUCCGCGAGAGCGAUCAAGGCUGGUACGAGUGCAAGGUCGUCUUCCUCAACAGGUCGCCUAACAGUCACAAGAACGGUACCUGGUUUCAUCUCGACGUCCACGCGCCACCCAGAUUUAGUAUAACGCCCGAGGAGAUGAUUUACGUGAAUCUGGGCGAUGCGAUAAUAUUGAACUGCCAAGCCGAGGGUACUCCGACGCCUGAAAUUCUCUGGUAUAAGGACGCAAAUCCUGUCGAACCUUCGCAAACCAUCGGGAUUUUCAACGAUGGUACUGAAUUGAGAAUUGCUACCAUCAAGAACGAGGAUAUUGGUGAUUACACUUGCAUUGCGAGAAAUGGAGAGGGUCAGAUCAGUCACACCGCGCGAGUCAUCAUUGCAGAUCGAGCGAAUACCGAUAUGGAAAUUCCGGUAACCACAGUAUCAGAGAAUACCUCAAAGCGAACCAGUAAUUUGAUGGUGUUGUUAUAUCGGCAUAGACGCUCGAUACGAUCAAAUAAUCAAAGAGGAGCCGUCAUUAUGGUACCGCCGUCGAAUCAGACGAAGCUCGAAGGAGAGAAGGUUCAGUUUUCUUGCGAGGCGAAGGCUCUUCCGGGUAAUGUGACGGUACGUUGGUUUCGAGAAGGUGCACCCGUCACGGAAGUUUCGUCUUUGGACACGAGAGCUUCUAUCAGGAUGGACGGCAGCCUUGUCAUUAGUCCUGUCAGCGCCGACGACUCAGGUCAAUAUCUCUGCGAGGUUACCAACGGUAUUGGCGAACCCCAAAGUGCCAGUGCCUAUCUCAACGUUGAAUAUCCAGCGAAGGUCACAUUCACGCCGACGGUUCAAUACCUGCCCUUCCGGCUUGCUGGUGUAGUUCAGUGCUAUAUCAAGGCUAAUCCGCAAUUACAAUACGUAACGUGGACGAAGGACAAGCGACUCCUCGAGCCUUAUCAGACGAAGGAAAUCGUGAUAAUGAACAACGGCUCCCUGCUGUUCACGCGAGUCAAUGAGAAUCAUCAAGGAAGAUAUACCUGUACUCCGUAUAAUGCUCACGGCACGCAGGGUAGUUCUGCGCCAAUGGAAGUGCUUGUUAGAAAACCACCGGUUUUCACACUUGAACCCGAACCGAUUUAUCAAAAGAAGUUUGGCGAGACCGUAGAAAUGCAUUGCAACGCUCAGGAGGCAGAAGGCACGCAGAAACCUACUAUACAGUGGCAGAGGAGAGACGGUGCUCCGAUUCAACGCAACCGAGCGAAAAUCAAUGGCGGUAAUUUGACGAUCGAAAGUCUUCGAAGAGCUGACUUUGGAUUUUAUCACUGUAUCGCAACGAACGAAGUUGCUACAAUUUCUACUUCGACGCAACUGAUCGUCGAGGGUACACAACCUCAUGCGCCUUACAACGUCACUGGGAAUGCUACAGAAUUUUCAGUAACGUUGAGUUGGUUACCUGGUUAUUCUGGUGGACCUGAUUAUAAACAAGACUAUACUAUUUGGUAUAGAGAAGCUGGUACGUCAGAAUGGGAAAUGAUACCUGUGACACCAUCGGGAAGUACUACGGUCACGAUCAACAGACUGACACCGGCUACGGUUUAUGAAUUUCAGGUUAUCGGAAAAAACGCUUUGGGCGAUGGAACAAUGAGCAAAGUCAUCACCGUCAGAACUCUCGACGUGGCACUGACUCCGUCAUCCAGUGGUCAGGCUGCUGCGACGGACCAAAGCGACAUCUUAGAUUAUAGUACCCUCAUAUUACCGACCGAUUCUACUGGAAAUCCCGUCUUCCCGACAAUCAUAAGGCCGAAAGGACCGAAACCUGGUCCACCGAAAAAUCUCACGGUGACCGAGGUCAGUAACGGCUUUCUGAUUACUUGGGAAGCUCCCUCGGAGCGAAAUCAUCUCAUUCAACAUUAUACUAUUAAAUACAAAACGGACGGGCCCUGGAAGAAUCUCAACAAGGGACAAAUUCGUCCGGAGGAAACAAGCUAUUUGGUGAAGAAUCUGGUCGGUGGUAGGACAUAUUAUUUCCAAGUGUUCGCCAACUCAGCGACGAAUUAUGGUGCCAGCGAUCAAGUGAAAUUUCCUGUGCCUGCUCGUGUAAAACAUAAGGCGAUUACGGCCGGGGUUGUGGGUGGUAUUCUUUUCUUCAUCGUCGCCAUUAUCCUGAGUAUAUGCGCAGUGAAGAUCUGCAAUAAGCGGAAAAGACGAAAACAGGAGAAAGAACUGCUUUCAGCGUAUAACAUGGUGACUUGCCGGGUCACAGAUACCAGGAACGGCGCAGGGCAGGGGCCCCAAGGAACAGUGCCUUUGAAAAAACCUAGAAAAAGCAGAGUACCAGGUCUAAAUCUCCUAAGAGAGAUUUUGAGUCCAGACACCCCGGACUCAUGCCGCGGUCGUCCCCUCGGUAAGAUCUCUCGCGCGGCCGACGGCCGAUUCGUCGUGGCGGAUUCGGUUCUCAGUUCGGCGAACAACAGCAUCCUGGAUGCAUCAAGCAGCGACGACGGUGGCUUUCUGCCUAAGCAACGGCUCAAGUCCUCUUGGCGACGUCCCUUGGUCGGCAACAGUCAGCUGAGCCUGAGAUCAUCGGGUAGCGGUGUCUCGAUAGGUGCUCUGCAUGCUGCUCAUCAUCACCAUCAGGAUGCAGUGAAUUCAUUGGCCAGGAUACCACCAACGAUCUGUACCAUAUCGUCGCCCAGAUUCUUAGCGAGUUCACCGAGCGGUCCCAAUGUACCUUGGACGCCGUUAUACUUCAGCGAUCUCAGCUCCGUGAGACAACCAUCGUCAGGGGAAAGAUCCUUCCCGACCCCUCCAAGUUACCUUCAAUUGCGAACUGUUCAUCAACGUUACAGCCAAGAGCUCCCAUCUUUGAAGGCGAUCCACGCCGAGUCCAGAAGAUUCGUACCCGUUCAACCUCUUGCUACCUCGUCUCCGCCUCAAUCCGCUGGUCGACCAAGGGCGAGACUUCCACCGAGACACGCCAGGCACGCCAGGUCGGCGCCUGAACUGGCUGCGUCUCCGGAUUUGGAGACCUCGCCUGAAAGUAGAUCCAGCAGUUCGGGUUUCGGUAGCAAGAAUACAUCUCAACAAAAUCAGAGCUCGAGGAGCGGAAGCACGGUGGCUGAAUGGAGACCACCACCUUAUAGGCCACCGCCGCCUCCUCUGGUUGGUCGAUGGUUGGAGCUUCAGGACCAGGCGAAGGUCGGCCACUUGAAGAAUGCCGUAGAUGCUGGUAGCGUAGAUGGACACUAUGAGUUCGAUCCUGCCUCCUGUACGCCUACACCUACCUCUGCCUCCACUCCUACUAGAGAAGAGAGACCGCCGGUUCAUCAAAUACACGCCAUUCAUGUGCCGCACGUUCAUCAGGUGCACACGGUUCAUCAUCAACCAUCGAGAUACAGCAGGGAUAAUAUCGAGGCUAGAGUACAGGCCAUGAAGGCCGAAUUCCAUCAAUUUAGGCAAAGGCAGGCUAGGAGAAAGCAAAGUACCCACUUGGAAAGUGCUUGUUAAAGCUCUUCGAAGAAAAUUUGUCAGGCUGAAUGAGAAUUCGACGAUCAAGAAUGAUUCGCAUCGUGGUGGCGUGAUACGAUUAGAUACGGUCCAAUAAUCGAAAACCUAGUAACGAGACAUUCCCAUUGAACGAAUAUAUCGGAGGACCAAGAAGAAUCUGUCGCGGUCGAAAACAACCUGGUAUACGUGCUUUCCUUUGGGAAAUCCUUCGGCAUUAAGACCAAUCGUCAAGGCACAAAACAACGAGAAUCAUCAUCGCGUAACGGUAUCGAAAUAUAGGCGCGUUUUAAAAAAAGUCAAUUCCGCUAGCCAAAACAAUUCUCUCCGAUAUUAAGAGAGGACUGUUUUUACGAGCGCCAAGCUCAAAAUACAUAUGUUUCCCCUCGAUCACGAAGAACAACGUAGUAGAUACGAAACGUUCAGACGUUCGCGUCUUUUUUUACGAUUAAAAGAAAGCGCAAAUGAGAUCAUACACCGAACGAGUUUCUCGAGAUCGCCUAUCGGCAGAAGACGAUCCAACGAGGAUGAAAACAGCGAAAAUGCCUAUGAUCGAUGAACGUCACGUGACGUAUAAAGACGGAAGAAGAGAAUCGAAAAAAGGAAAAAGAGAUGCUAUUGUUGCUGGUUGCGUUCCGCGAUAAUACCAACCGCGCCUACGUCCAUACCGAGUGGACCGUGAUUUUUAACAUAAAGUACAUAAUAAUAACAAAGAAUCAAGGAACGCACCAAAAACGCUGAGGAAGGGAGAGACGAAACGAAAGGAACAAUUCUAUUUUGUAAAGCUCAGUGAAACUGCCCCGUGGCUAUGAGUCGCGCAAAAGGAUGGAUAUCUCCCGCUAGCUCGAGAUAAGAGACGGGUCGUUAAAACAUAAGAGAACGAGAUCGACGAUGAGAAGAGGAGAGGGAAUAAAACGAAGAAACGAAAGGGAGGAGAAAGAGGAAUAGAUAGACAAACGGUAUGACACUCCAAAGAAACUGUACCACUGUACGUGCUCCGUAUACCUUUUAACAAAAAAAAAAAAAAAGAAAAAAAAGAAAAAAAAAAGAAAAAAAAAAGAAAAAACCGAAACGUUAAGAUUAAACGUAAUCGUACGCUGUAAGUAAUAAGUAAUGGAAAGCAAAUGAAAAAAGUAAGAUAAUCGAAAAAAAUAAGGAGAAACACACGCAAAAAAAUACACACACGCAUAAAUACACAGACACAUUCUCAUUAACAUUAUGAAACACGCGCGUACACACGAAGACACAUUAAAACAAGUCGGAAUAGUACAGUAGAUCCCCGUAUAAUGCGGGUUCAUAUAACAAAGAUUCAUAUAACACGAAUUCAUACAACACGAUGCAAAAAUUGUGGCAGUAUAACACGAUAACCAGGAGACUCAGUCUCCUAAACCACCAGCGAAAAAGCGUCACUUUUUCGCAACAGGCACGACCGAUGUAGUUCGAGUUAAUCGCUUAGACUAUUUUAAAAUAUUCCCGCACAAUGUUUAUCAUUUUCGUUGCACAUUCAGUUUUAUAUAAAUUUUUUUUAAACGCCCGUCCUUUUUAAAGCUAAAAACAAAAUUGAACUUGAAUUUCUCGUGGAUCUUCAUGACUUGUAAUCUCAGUUUUUAUAUAAAUUUCAAUCAAUCCGUCUAUCCGUUCAGACGGUAGACCGGAUACACAGACACGCACACACACAUGAUACACAUAUAUUUAGAUUUUGAUAUGAAACGUAAAGAUCCAAAUGGGUUAUUGAAUAUCUCAAGUAGUUUCGGAGAUAAUCGUAUGUUACACUUUUCGCUAAUAUCGAGAGCAUAAGGAACUCCCUGCGGUCGUGCCUAAAAAGUAAUUAUAUCGAUGAGCAAUGGACUCGAAACGUGAUAUUAGGCCGAAGCUUGCCUCGAGAUUGCUUAAGGACUCACUCGUACUGCACUGCCUGUUUAGGGUUUCGCUAGCGACCCAACAUAUUAUCGGCACAAUAAUUUUUCUUAAGUAAUUUAAAAAGAAACAAGAAGUAAAAAUAAUGUUCUUUGAAUUUACGCGCGCUCGGCCGGCGCGCAAAUAGCGCAGAAUACGCAUGCGCACGCUCGCACGUAGUGCCGCCAGUCGGAGCUGGUGCGACAUCGCCGAUAAAACGGCGGCUAUCUUGGAGUCUCGAGGAAUAGCAUUAAUUAGCGUCCAAUUUCGAUUCAAUUAAUAACGAACGAUAUCGUCGAUAAGCUCGAAAAUCAUUUUUCCUUCGAUUUUUCUUCUUUAUCUUUUUUACUUGCAUGGCGAUUAGAAACGAAUCGAUCGAUUCUCUCUUUUCGUACGACAUAUCGUUCCUCCGUCGCGACCAAAUCCUUAAAGAUGAUAAAAAAAAAAAUGAUGAAAAAGAAAUUGGAAUAGGAGGAAGAGGAAGAGGAAGAGGAAGAAGAAGAAGAAGAAGAAGAAGAAGAAGAAAAAGAAGAAAAAGAAGAAGAAGAAGAAGAAAUGACGGUUAUUCUUCUUCGUAAGGGCGGAAGAACGUGCGUACAUGCGUGUGUGCAAUCACGUCUAAAUUGCCGAUCAGCCGAGAUUUUAGCGCCAUCGAGGAGAGAGAAAAAAAAAAAAAAGAGAUAUUAAUUAUUACGCGCGAACGUGCGUAUCACGCGUACACCGACGCGACAUAUAAAUAUAUAUAUAUAAAUAUAUAAAUAUAAAUAUAAAUAAAUAUAAAUAUGAAUAUAAAUAUAAAUAUAAAUAUAAAAAUACGCGAGGAACACCACGACAAACACACAAGUACAUACACCCGCAUAUACAUACACAUUCACACACAUAGACAGACAGACAGACAGACACAUACACACACACACACACACACACCGAAAGGGAGAAAAAAAGAAGCGUUCGUAGAAACGCAAAUGAAAAGUCCCACAUGGAAGAAAGAAAGGGGCGAAGGAAGAAAGUGGAAGAAGAAGAUAUAUAAAAAAAAAAAAAAAAAAAAAAAAAAAGGAAAAAAAAGAAAGAGUACAUAUUGUUUCGAAUUAUCUCGAUGUCGAGGUCAAAGGUCGGAAAUGCGACCGAGAGAGUACGCGGGCGAAUAUAAAUACGGUCUAAAAAACGAAAUGAUCGUUGUGCGUCACUAGAAUUAUAAUUAUAAUUAUGAUUAUUAUUACUAUUAUUAAAUAACGAAAGAAGGACGAAAGAAAAGAAACGUUCGCGAUAAGACGAUUCGUUCCUUCAAACGACGCCUUUUGCGAUUUUUCAAAGUCAGGUUCGACGAGAAGCUAAUCGACAUAAUAAUUUCUUUUAUCACAAUUCUUCUCUUCCUAUUUAUCUGUCAUCGAUCUCUCUUUUCCUCGCAUUACCGAAAUAUCCCGAAGACUCCCCAGGUCUAAACCGCACCUGAAGAACCUCGACGUUAACGUUUUACUUUUUUAUAGUACAAAUAAUUAUUUAUAUAUAUAUUAUAUUAUAAAUACUUAUAAGAGGGCCAUAAUCACGAUUCAACUAUAAUGAAGCGACGAAAACCACGAAAGAGAAGAAUGAGUUGAUAAAGGUGAUCGGGAAACGAAAAAGGAUCGACUCUCUCUCGUGGUUGAAUAGAAUUUUUUUGUUAAAGAAGUAAAGUGCGUGUUUGCCGAAACGUGCGAAUGUAAGUGUGCGAAUGAGAGAAAAAAAUAGACUUUGUGUAUAUUGUGAGAGGAAUGGAAAGAGAAACGAAUAAAAAAAAGGAAAAAAAAAGAGAAAAAAAAAAGAAAAAAAAAAAGAGCGAACGAACAAACGUAGAAUAGGGAAGAGAAAACGACGUGAUGAGAGUAACGAGAAAUGCCGGAUGACGCGAAGUGUACCAAUAUUCUAAAGUAAUUCUAAUGAUUGACUUAAUAAUUUGAUAAUUAAUUGAUAUUGUAAAUCGUAACGACGUAGCGUGUAGUUUAUUAAUCAACGAGAAUGAUGAAAACGCGCCGAGGGAUCGAUCGGUAUGCUUGUAUUUCGCGAACGAACGGUGGGGGUGGAUUUUGAGAGGCUGCGUUUUAAAGCAAAAAAGAAAAAGAAAAAGAAGAAAAAGAAAAAAAAGAGAAAAAAAUAAAAGAGAAGAAAAGUAAAUAGAGAAUCAAAGGAGACUUAUUUCAAUAUCUAUAUUCGACGAAAAUUAUCAUGUAAUAUGAAAAAUAAGCAUUCAUGGUAUUCCAAGGUUCGACCAAGUCACGAAGAUUAAAUUUCGAAAAUUAUGAGAAAAUGCUUAAGAUCAUCAAAUCAAAGAAAUUUCGAUCUUUCUCGAUUUCUCAAACGAAUUUGUUUCGAGUACGCGCGCGCUCAAGAUGGCACCAAAUCAUCACACUUUUUUAAUACCAAGUACUUUGUACAAAUCGAAUCGUCGUUACUCGCCCCGCGAUCGUUCUCGCGUUGUCUUCGUUGACAUCGUUAGAGGACUCGCGAAAGAUCGAAACAAAAGUUUUGCGAAUGAAUUUGAAAGGGAAGGAAAAAGGAAAAAAAGAAGAAAAAAAGAAGAAAAAAAAAAAAAAAAAAAACAAGAAAAAUAAUUAAAAACGUCGACCUCUUCUCGCCCCCUACUUAGGCCACGUUUUUCUUUUCCAUAUGUGGACAGGAAAGGGAAUUAAAAAGAAGCAAGCGAAGAAACAAAAACCGAGACGUAGUCGUAUAAGUAACGUGUAGAUAUAUCAUAGUUAGAUACAACGAUCUCAAAUGGACACGCUAAAUGUGGAUGGUCGUAAAAAAAAAAAAAAAAUAACGAAAAGGAUAGAAUUAACUAAGAAAAUCUGAAGGAAGCCUCGCGGUUAUCAUGGAUAAAAGAAAUAAAAACAAAAAAAAAGAGAAAAAAAAAUGAAAAAAAAAAAAAAAAAUAAGAAGAAGAAAAGAUGAAAGGAAGACAAAGAGCGAUAGUGUGUGAGUCCGAGAGAGAAUGAGAAAUGAAAUAGGAUUCAGCGUGAAUGAAUCCGGCGUCUUAACGAUUGUUAAAUGAAAUAUGGUUGAAUCGUGAAUUUGCGUAAAACGUUCGACACCCGCCCAUCUUUUACUAAUAUACACAUUCGUUGGCCGAGCGAGAAGUUAAGCUUCAUUUUUUGUACGUUUUUAUGUUUACUUCUCUUUUCGCGUAGUCACGUAGUUGCUCGACGUUACACACAAAGAAUGUACUUUCCGUUUAACGAUUAUUCGCGUCUCUAUAAUCUCGUCACGUUCGGAUCAAACCGAACGAGAGAUAGUUUAAAGAAAAUAAAAGUAUCGUCGACGGUCUCGUAUGUUAGUUGUUAAGUUUUUCGAUCUCCAUACGAGCGUACCUGAAAGCCAUAGGGCAUACCGAGAGUUUUUUUUUUUUUUUCUCAAUUUUCAAUUGGCAAAGACGAAAAUCAAAAUACAAAUUAUUUUCUCGUCGUUCGUUCGUUUAUACGUCGGUGUAGAUCUUGAUCAGAAUAAUAGUAAGCGUAAAACUCCAAUACUCCCAACUUACGAAAUCGGAAAUGCUUUCGCAGAAUGAAAGACCAUAAUCGAAAAUCGAGUUCCGUUCGUUAUCAAGAUCGCAAUUGAUCAAAUACGAUGCAAACGAUCGAGACGAAUAUCUCAACGAAGAAUUAUAUUAAAAUGAGAAAGAAGAAAAAAAAAAAAGAAAAGAGAAAAAAAACAAACGAAAUUAAAAAUAACAGCUUAUGGCUCUCGGGUACUGACUCUGACACCGAUUUUGCGACGAUACAAUUAAGCAUCGAAUCUCGAAUAUUUUCAUUCUCGACACGAUACAACGAAGUAUCGAUCGAGGAACGAUCGUCGUGUAAUCGGCAGGGGAGAAAAGAAGUUGCGAGGUAUUAAAAAAAGGAAAAAAAAAAAAUAAACAAAAAAAGAAACAAAACAAAAAAAAAAAUAUAA